AGGAGAGCAGAGAGGUAGGUACAAAGAAGCAGAAGCACCAGAUGUUUUAAAUCAGCUCCUGACCCAUCAUGUGAACUGGUAAAAGACUCAUGGCACAAUAAAAUAAUACAACCACAGCAAAAUGAAGCUUCUUCUGAAGAGAGCGACAUCUUGGAUUACGUCAUUCUCCAAUUGAAGUGUGUUUCUGAAAGCUUUUGUUUGGAUCCAGUCCUGGAAAACAUCAGCUAGUGCCUGACAGCGAUGGGUUCACCGGGUCAAACACUGGCCUGGACCGUGCUUCCUGUGCUUCUGCUGGGAAUGACCUGCCCAUCACACGGUUCCCUUGUGAAAGUCAAUAAGGGUGUAAAGGUGAAACGGGGUCAGUCAGCCUACCUCCAGGACGGGGACCUGCAGUUCCAUAUUCCCCGUCAGAAGGAUGCGUGCAAGGUGGAGGUGGUGUUAAAUGAGCCCAUUACUCAACGAGUAGGAAAAGUCAUGCCUCAGGUAUUUGACUGCCACUAUCUGGCUGAUGAGGUGAAGUACGUCCAUAGCGGAUGUCCCUUGUUAAAGGAGGACACAGUCAAGCUUCGACUCUACAGGUUCACAGAGACAGAGACACACAUGGAGGUGUUUUCUCUCCAUGUGGACAUUAUGGAACCUGAAUGCAGCAUCAUAAAGCUGGGACCCAAAUCCCUGGAGGUUCCUGAAUUCUACAGCUUCUCUGAUGCCGUGGAUGGCAAUGUGGUGUCCUUCCAUUAUGAGCAGCGGUCCAGUCUGGAGUGUAGCAUUCAUUUGAGUAGCCAUGACACCCACCUGCCAGCCCACGGCCAACUGGUCACCGGAGAACCAGAGAAAGUUACGAUAAGAGGGGACGAGCCAGAGAGCUUCAUCCCCCUACGCCAGCAGCUAGAUAAUAAAGCCAGAGCAAUGUGUAAAUCUGAAGACUGCCUGAAGGGUCUGAAGCUAGUGAAGUUCACCAAAAUUCCCUGUGAUGACUUCCUUUUGAUGGGGCUGAGGUAUCAGCACAUAGACCCUCCAUCGCCAGACGUAGACUACAUCGCGAUCAGACUGGAUCUCAAGGACACCCGGAGUGGCAGCACAUAUCAGUCUGAACAGGCCUGGAUCCCCGUGCAUAUAGUCGGGGCAUUGUCCAACCAGCCGCCCACACCGUCCUUCAUGUCCAUGUUUAUCCUUGAAGUGGACCAGUUCAUCCUCACUCCACUCUCCACUGCCACACUAGACACUGAAGACGAAGAAACUCCCAAACAACUUUUGGUGUUCAACAUCACCAAACCGCCCGUGGACGGCUUCAUCACCCAUCUGUCCGAUCAUACUCGCCCAAUCUCCUCCUUCACAUGGCUGGAUCUCAAUGACAUGCUCAUUGGGUAUCAACCUCCAAACUCCUCAAACACCCACCGCAGGAAUUACGAGAUCGAAUUUGAGGUUCAUGAUUUUUUCUUUGAGAAGAGCCCAUCAAUGACUGUUCACAUGUCUGUAAGGAAUGCAGAGACGAAUGCACCCAGAGUGUCUUGGAACAUGGGCCUUAGUCUGUUGGAGGGUCAGUCUCGGCCAAUAAUGUGGGAGCAGCUCCAGAUUGUGGACAACGACAACCUGAAUGCGGUUCGUAUCAUCACUGUGGACGGCCUGCAGCAUGGACGGCUCACUGUCAGAGGGGGAAAGGGAUUCAUGUUCACUGUCAAGGACAUUAAAGCGGGCGUGGUUCGCUAUCACCACGACGACAGCGACUCCACCAAAGACUUCAUCAUCUUCCGUAUCACCGACGGCCACCAUCAGACCCGACACAAGUUCCCCAUCAAGAUCCUGCCGAAGGACGACAGCGCUCCGGUCCUCAUCACCAACAUGUUGCUGGAGGUGUCGGAGGGCCAGAUGGCUUUACUGAGAGGCUCCACCCUCCAGGCUUCAGACAUGGACUCCAGCGACGACUACAUCCUCUUUAACAUCACCCGCCCCCCACAGGCAGGGGAGGUUAUGAAAAUGCCAACAUCAGGGCUCACAGGUUAUCCUGUCAGCCACUUCCUGCAGAGGGACCUGUCUCAGUCCAUGGUUUACUAUCGGCACCUAGGAAACGAGGUGUUUGAUGACUUCUUUGAGGUGGUGCUGUCAGAUUUCCAUGACCCCCCCAACCUGUCAGAGCCUCAAGUGGUGGUGGUGCACAUAGAGCCUGUUCCAGACCAACCACCUAAAGAGGUUCCUGGUUCCAGUCGGUGUCUCGUGAUCAAAGAAACAGAAGUGGUCCAUAUAACCCGGCAACAGCUUCACUUUGUAGACCAGGAGUCUCCAGACAGUGAGCUUACAUACACGGUUACGACUCCACCUUUCCACGCUGGUCCUCACAGCAGUCCAGAUGCUGGGAGGUUGUUCUUAGUCGACAGCAUACCCAAGUUCACCAAAGACUCCAAUGCACCGGUGCUGAGGCUCUUCACACAGCAUGCAGUGAACUUCCUGAAAGUAGCCUACAUGCCUCCAGUCAUGGACAUCGGCCCUCACCCCCAGUACAUCCAGUUUGUUCUCUCUGUCACCAACCUCCUGGGCAAAACAGUCACUGGGAUCUGCUUCAACAUCACUCUAGUGCCAGUGGACAACCAGUCGCCACAGGUCAUUACCAACUCUCUGACUGUAGAUGAAGGGGGGCAGUGCUGGCUCGGCCCUGAACACUUGGUGCUGUCAGACGUGGACUCUGUGGAAGAAGCCCUGCAGGUGGCGCUCCAGAGGGAACCGCAGCAUGGGGCUCUGCAUCUCAGCGGCCUCCCGCUGAAACCAGACCAGGCUUUCACUGUGCGAGACCUAAAAAGCCUUAAAGUUAGGUACAAUCACGACAGCUCAGAAACUGUAGAGGACCACAUUGAUUUCACAGCGACAGACGGCUUCAAUUCAGUCCGCUUCGUCCUGCACGUGAAGGUGUUGCCUGUCAAUGACGAGGUCCCAGUGUUGGUGGCUGGUUUGAAACCGGUUCUCAGCUGUGCAGAGGGACAGGAAGUCAUCAUCACAGCUGAGUACAUCUACGCUACGGACGCAGACAGCGACAACAGCAGCCUGACCUUCCUGAUCGCCCGGCAGCCUUAUCAUGGCGUGGUCCUCCGGAACUCCAUCGUGGUCGAUCGCUUCAUCCAGGCAGACAUCACUGCGAGGAUCAUCUCCUACAAACACACAGGACUGGAGAUUGGACUCACUCCUCGCCAUGACACCGUCACCUUUGUUAUAUCUGACGGAGAAACAGAAAACUCUGCUUCCUGCUGCGCUGAAGAACACCUCACUAAGACCAGAGACGUGACUCAACUACGACGCAGCCUGCCUGUGUAUGACCUCCAGGUCACAGUGUUUCCUGUCGACAGCCAGCCCCCUUCUCUAACCGCAGGCGACAUCUUCACAGUGGAUGAAGGUGGCUCUGCCCCCAUAACUGCAUCUCAUCUGAAGGCCUCUGACGUGGACACUGCUCUGGACAAACUGGUGGUCAGUCUCAUUUCAUCGCCCCGCUUCGGCUACAUAGAAAAUGUUCUGCCCAGUCCUGGCUUUGAAAAAAGCAACACGGGCAUAAGCAUAGCUUCCUUUUCAUACAAAGACAUCAUUGAGGGUCACGUGAACUACGUACAGUCCAGACACCAGAGGAUGGAGCCCACAGCUGACCAGUUCAUGUUCUGUGUAUCAGACGGCAAACACAGCUCUGCCCAUGUGCCCUUCUACAUCAUCAUUAACCCGACCAACGACGAGACCCCACAGUUUGUGGCUCGGAACAUCACAGUACGAGAGGGAGAAAUGAAGCAGCUGGACUCAUCCGUUCUACAUGCGGGGGAUCUGGACGUCCCCGAGGACAGCCUGCUCUUCAGUGUGGUCAGAGCCCCGCAGCACGGCCGCAUCGUCUCCCACGGCAGUGAAACGUCAGCCGGUCCUCAGAGCCCUGUGGUGGACUUCACCAUGACAGAUCUGUCAAAUGGUAUGGAUCUGAUGUACAUGCACGAUGACUCAGAGAAUACAGAGGACAGUUUCACCAUUCAGUUGAGUGAUGGCCGGCACCAACUCCAAAGACAAGUGAUGGUUAAAGUGCUGCCAGUCAACGACGAGAAGCCGCACAUCAUCAGGAACAAUGGACUGCUGGUGGAAUUGGGAGAAGCCAGGCUUAUUUCCAGCGUUGCACUGUUUGCACAGGACGGUGACACUCCUUCUUCAGAGGUCAUGUACACGCUUGACAGUGUUCCCACCCAAGGCCUACUUCAGCUUAAGGAAGGUCAGGACUGGAGGACAUUGACAGCGGGGACAAACUGCACCCAGGAGAUGGUGGACAUGAACCUUCUGCGCUAUGUGAACACAGGUGCUAAAUCACAGGACUUCUUUGUCUUCUACUUGUCGGAUGGAAAGAAUCAAUCGCCCCCCCAGCACUUCCACAUCUCUGUCAAAGAUCUGGAAAAAGGAAACAUCGCCAUGUUUGUGAAGCCGGCCAAUGUUAGCCGUGGAGACCGCGUGGUUCUCACCACGGACGUGCUGUUGGCCACAGAUGGCACAGAAAAGCCAGAGGAGCUUCUGUACAUCAUCACCAACCCUCCGGCUCACGGACACGUAGAGUACAUCAAGCAUCCUGGGCUGACCAUCUCCACCUUCAGCCAGAUGGACAUAGCAGCCAACCUCGUGGCUUACGUGCACGACAACCGAGCCACCACACCCACGGAAACCUUUCAGUUUGUUGUGAGUAACGGUAAAACCAGCCGAAACGGAAGCUUUGUGAUCGCAGUGGAAAUGGUGGACCGCAUCCUGCCGUCUCUGUCCUCCAACAAAGGGCUCUCAGUUCCACAAGGCUCCUCCGUGAUCCUUGGUCCUGACUGCCUGGUCCUGUCUGACCCCGACACUCCACCCAGUGCCCUGACCUUUGUCCUUCUCCAGCCUCCACAGUAUGGCGGACUGCUUUUAGGAGGAGCCACACUAACUGCUGGCUCCAACUUCACCCAGAGAGACAUACAGGAGCUGGAGGUAACCUACAGACAUGCCGGGGGGCCGGCGCAGAUCGACCGCUUUGCCUUUGGUGCCUCUGACAGCACCAAACGGGGUUUCCUGCUGGACGGGCAGCUACACACAGAACCUGUCUUCUUCACUAUUCAGAUCAAGCCUCUGGAUAAGUCUUGUCCUGAGGUGGUCAAGCUGCUUCCUCUCUGGAAAGCAGAGCCUCUCGGCGACGGACGACACGGGAUCUCUGUGUCCUCUCGAGAGCUGAAGGCCCAAGACAGAGACAGCAGAGAAGAGGAGCUGAUGUUCUGCAUUGUUCGACAGCCCUACUUUGGUUACCUAGAAAACAUGACCACAGGUGGUUUUGUACCACAGCGCUUCUCUCAGAUGGAGCUGAACAAGAGAACCAUCGCCUACAUCAUCAACCCAGACGGAGAGUCUCUCUCAGACAGCCUGGAGUUCACAGUGUCUGAUCCCUUAGGGAACACAGGGCCCCCUCACAUACUGGAGUUCAGCUGGUCCAGCGUGGAGCUGUCUCAGCCCGAGUACACUGUGUGUGAGGAACAGGGAGUGGUCUCGCUGGACCUCAUCCGGAAAGGAAACCUGGCCGAGUCGUCAUAUAUCACUGUCAAGGUGAAGGAGGUGACUGCAACAGCUGGAAAAGACUUCCGCACAAGCUCUUCUUCCCUCAUUCAGUUUGACCCAGGAGUGUCCAAGAGGAGCUGGCAAAGCGAGAUCAUUCAGGAUCACCUUGAGGAGACUGUGGAGAUGUUUGAAGUGCUGCUGGUCUCCCCUGAAGGCGCCGUGAUCGGCAGCAUCAGCAAGGCUCAAGUCACCAUCAGGGACUCGGGAAGCGGUCAGCCCCGGCUGCACCAGGAUCACGAGGCUCCUCUUCUUGUAGGGAAAGAGGUCCGGUCAGACACGUACCCCCGACAUGGAUCCAUUCAGCUAGAGAAGCUGCCCCUCGGCACAGAGUCAGUGGUCUGGGCCCGUGGAGACAGCAUCUCCAGGCCCGGAGCACAUGUCCCAAAAAAGAAACUUCAAGUUAUGGGCAACCCAAAGUCUAUUGCACCUUCAUCGGUUUUUCACAACGGGACAGACAUCGUUUACACGUAUCAUGGCAUCAUGCAAAUGCAGGUAGAGGACAACACCUCCCCAUCGAGGACGGGCAGAAAGGCAAACAUCCGUGUGGUUAGCAGGGGAGCACAGCCGCAGGAGCUCACUGAGCCAGAGUCAGAGCCUCACAGACAGAUCUCAAAACCACAAAACACCGCACUGGCUAAAGGACAUGCUAAAGCUGAUAACACCAUAGCAAAGCCCUGUGUGCCAGAGCUGAUGGGACUCCUGCACUUCAACCAGACAAGCAACCAGCUCUUUCACUGCAAUGGUGUCUCCUGGAAACCCUGGGCACCAACUGAUCAGAUGGUGAGUGCUCAGAUGUGUGGUCAGGGCUGGACCUUUCAUGGUGGCUACUGUUACUCCCUUAGCAGCGAGCCCAAAGUCACAUGGAGCGCAGCUAACAGGGCCUGCAGAGAGAGAUACAAAGGCUCUUUAGCAAGCGUUCUCUCUAAAGUCGACAUGGACUGGCUGUGGGACUUCAGUGGAAGAAAACCUUUUUGGAUAGGCCUGAGUGACAGGGACGGCCGAGGACGCUGGGAAUGGGCGGCUGGUGAGCCGGUCAGCUACACCAACUGGAAAAAGACGCCUCCUCGGUCCAAAAGGAAGAGGAACAAAAAGUGUGUCCUGGUGUGGAGAAGGGCAAAGUGGCAAAUCAGGGACUGCAAGACAAGUAGAGGCCAUCGCUUCGUGUGUUCAAGAACAACUUGAUGUCAACAGUGUUACAGCAUCACAGCCAUGAGCCACUGUGUUGUUUCAGGAGGAAGGACUGAUCCUCGGGACAUUUAAACUGCAAUACCAGACAAACUUCCAAUAAGGAUCAAAGAGAAC